GGAAGGCGUUUACAUUUUCUGAGGUUUGAAUAGAGGAGGGGGCUAAGCCAAGACUCUAGAGCGUGAUUAGGGUUCGGAAUAUCAUUGAAAUCAUCGCCGGCGAUAUUGACACUGCAAUCCUUCUUCUUCUUCUCUCAAUGUCGUUCGAUCGCAUGCCAUUCAUAGUAGGCAACAUGAAUUUGCAAAUGGAAAGUGAAUCAAAUGAGAAGCAAAUUAAGCAAGAGAGAUCAAGAACUAGAUGGACAACAUCUCAAGAUAAGAUAUUUGCGGAAUUGGUUGUCGGGCAGAUUCAACUGGAUAACAGACCAGACAGGGUUUUCGACAGGAAAACUUGGAGUAUCAUAAGAGACGAAUUCAACAGGCGGACAGGUGUUAACUUCAACAACAACCAAUUAAGGAAGCAUCUUGACGUCCUUCGUGCACGCUACUACAGUAUUAAAUCUACCUUAAAUCAGAACAACUUUGUUAUGGAGGAUCCAACCUCCAUUAGUUUUGACCUGUGGGAAGACAUUGGGUUCCAGGCACAACCGAAGCAAGAGCUGAUCAAGAUCAAGGACUGCCCUAUUUACGAUCAACUGUGCUUAAUAUUUGCUGAUUCAGGUGUCGAUGGGAAGUACGCUCAAUCGAGUCACUACGAACCGCUUGCUAUGUUAGAGAACGGUACUGAAGAUCCCAAGAAUAAUAAGCCGGGAAGUGUUAACUCUGUUCAAAAUACUAUCGACACUAUACUGGCAAGGAAAAGGAAAUGGUCAUCUGAGAACAGUUCCACUUUGGAGCAAACAAAGAAGGACCAAGAAACUAACGAUGUCAUGGCCAAGACUUUGAAGGAUAUGAUAGCUGCUUCAAAGUCGAAUUUUGUUGCAUCGUUCAAACAAGACAGAUAUACCAUAACUGAAUGUAUAAGAUCAUUGGAUGGUAUGGAGGAGAGGGUUGAGGGUCAUUUAUACUAUGCAGCUUUGGACCUGUUUGAUGAGCCUAGUCUAAGGGAGAUGUUCCUUUCUCUGAAAAGCGAUCAGAUGCGGUUGGCAUGGCUUCAGGGUAAAUGCUAUCAUACUACUACUACAGCUAGGCUAUGGAAAUGAUUGAUUAAUUGUUGAUGAUAGUCUUAGGUUUUCUAGUUGUAGAAUCCUAGGUUGUCAAAAGAAUGUAUAUAAUUCUCUCUUUCUGACACAUGGGUAAGUAAGAUCCUCCUCCUCCUCCUCCUUAUAUGUUUUGUUUGUUGUAAA